ACAUGUAAAUGUAUGACGAUGGCUCUUCGUAACCUACAAUAGCGGUCGAUCUACCAUGCGCCAUUCUGAUAACACCUCCUUCUGACAGCCACUCUCGUAUUCUGCGCGUUAUGAAAUUCAUCAGCCAACGCGGACCGCCCCUAUGUGUUUGUUGUGACGUCACAUCCGUGUAUGCCCGCGCUACUCGCCUGUCACCUGCAGGGAUACAAGCUUUAAAACCGUCGCUUAUUGUCACCGGCACUCAAUUGAUGGGAAAAUGGCGGCGCACAGAGGAGGAUAGUGAUGAAGACUCUUAUGAAGUUGUAGAUAUCACUGAUUAUGCAAGAAGGCAUCAGUGGUGGAGCCGUGUUUUUGGGAACAACUCUGGACCUAUAGCAGAGAAGUACUCGGUUACAACACAGAUAAUGAUGGGUGGAGUAACUGGCUGGUGUGCAGGAUACCUGUUUCAGAGAGUUGGAAAGAUUGCUGCAACGGCAAUAGGAGGUGGAUUUCUUUUGCUUCAGAUUGCAAAUCACAGUGGGUAUGUGCAGGUUGAUUGGAAGAAAGUAGAAAAAGAUGUCAAUAAGGCAAAAAAACACCUUAAAAAGAAGGCGAACAAAGCAGCUCCAGAGAUCAACAGCUUUAUUGAAGAGUCAACAGAGUUUGUAAAGAAGAAUAUUGUGCUGUCUGGUGGAUUUGUGGGAGGCUUCCUGCUGGGACUUGCAUCAUAAAACUUUUCUCCUUAUAUUUGUGCCUACUGAAGUUGAAGAAAUUAUACUUGACAUCUGUGAGUUUUUUUUUUUUUUCCUUCCUUACUUUCCUGUUCAAACUGAGCAGCAAAACAGAAGAACAUUACUACUGGAAAUGGGACAGAAACAAGUGCCCAACUGCUACUUUACUUGUGCCUGUUGAACAAGCCAGAGGACCUGGAAUUCCAAAUUCAAAAUAAAACUGUGCUGUACAGAGAUUUUAUUUAUGUAUUAUUUUCUUUGAGUUAUAUGCUGUUUUGCCUUAUAAAUUUAAUUUUGUAUGUAGAUAAUACUGAGGUUGGUUUCAUGUAGUGUAUUUUUUAUUUGAAGGUUUUUCCCAACAUAAUACAUAUCUGUUUAGAACUGAUAUGCAUGGUUAAUGUUGCAAAGAUUAUUUCCUUAAUACAUUUUGUAAAGAUAUUACUAUACCAUAUGCCCGCUGUAUAUACAGUAGUUCAGUUUUGAAACUUUAAUAUUAUAAGAUAUCACAUUAAGUAAACGUUAGUUCCUAUAAAGUUCUAUAAAAUUAAUUUUUUUUUUUUUUUUAAUCAACCAUGAGCUAACAGAUUUUAGUGUAUUGUUAUUUGUUGGGAGAUGCAUGGUGUGAAUUUCAUCUUAUGUUUAGACUUUGCUUUCUGUAUUGUAAUUGUUCUAUCUGUUGUUUAAGAUAUAUUAUGUGCACUUUAUUUUUUUUGGUUUGGGUUUGUUUACUGCAUUGCUUGGGGAAACCAAUUGGAAAGUCUAUAUUGGUAUAAUAACCAAUGUAGUCAAAAUAAUUGUGUUUUUUUAUGGUUGUCAACAGGGCUCAGAAUUGUUCACAAGUUUUCGAAAAUUCAAGUAUAUUAAAUUUUAAAAGUAUUUUUUUCAGUUGGCAUAAUAUAUGUAUUACAGCAUCUCGGCAAUUCUCUAGUCAGUGUUAUGUGUUUUUAUCCAUCCAGAAUAAACCUCUAUAAAACGUGA